CUGACUUGACAUCGCGACCGCUGUUGACACGAUUGGAGCUGGCUGGCUGGUAGCAGCUUCCACAGAGCUCUUCAUACGCUUCCUAACGGCCGCAACUUUCUCCCCUCGAUACAGGAAAAGCUGGGCCUCGAGGGCCGCCACUUUCAAAGAUGCAAGGGUUCAAUAUGGGACGGUCCGUCACAGCAUUUCCUAAAGUUCCAUUGCGGAAUUUCAACUAACACAAUUUCCAGAUAUGUCCCCCCGGACCAAGAAGGCGUCACCUCAGCAAACAAGCUCGCCGGCAAACACCCUCUCGGCGCACGCGCACGCCACCUCCACACAAAAGGCGCCCUCAUCGUCCGAUUCGAGAUGCCCUUUGCCGUAUGGUGCACAACCUGCAAACCGCACGAGACCAUCAUCGGUCAGGGCGUUCGCUUCAAUGCCGAGAAGAAGAAAAUCGGCAAUUACCACUCCACGCCCAUCUACAGUUUUCGCAUGAAACAUACUGCAUGUGGAGGAUGGAUUGAGAUCCACACCGACCCCAAGAACACGGCUUACGUGGUGGUCGAGGGUGGGAGGAAACGAGAUACCGGGGAAGACAAGGAGCUACAGCCCGGGGAGAUUCUUAUUCGCGGACACGCGCAGGAUCCCGCGGAGAAAGACCCGUUUGCGAAGCUGGAGGGGAAGUUGGAGAAUAAGCAGCGGGCUCAGACGGAGUCUAGUCGUAUUUUGGAGUUGCAGGAGCGGCAGAGUCGGGAUUGGGAGGAUCCUUACGAGAAAUCGAAACGGUUGCGGCGCACAUUUCGGACGGAGCGGAAGGGGUUGGAGAAAUUGGAGGCGAAUCGCGAGGCCCUCAAGGAGAAAAUGAGUUUGGGUAUUGAUCUGGUUGAUGAGACUGAGGGGGAUCGCUUGCGAGCUGGGAUGGUGGAUUUUGGGGACGGUGAGUCCUCGACUGGAAUGGAGGCUGCGCGCGCAACUCGGGUUCGACCUAUGUUUGAGACCGUGCAUUCGAGGAGCUCUUCGAGGAGUGGGAAACGGGAAAAAGACAGAAAGGGCAUCCGAAAGACGCGGGCAGCAGAUCUUGUUGAACAGCGCAAGGCUUCUCUGCGCAACGAGUUAAAGGGGAACACGCGUGCUGUGGUCGAUCCUUUUCUCAAGAAUAUGGGAGAUUCACAGGACAUUUGGAAGCCAGGCAUUAAGAGGAAGAAGCCUUCUUCCACGACAAUGAUUGCUGGAAGAUCUUCAGAGAAUCUAAUGAAGGAGGAAGCUAAGGACUCGACAGACUCAAAUGGUAGUCUGAUGACGCCCGACGAUGUCUUUGAAAAUACUUUCCAGCAUUCGUCGGCUGCAUCGACCACCUCGGCAUUGGUGGGUUAUGAUUCUGAUACGGAGUGAUUCUUAUGACUUAUGCACAUUGUACAUUACUUUGAUACCCCCGGAAGGCGUUCGGACUUUUUCUAGAUUCAAGGAAACAAGCAGCCCUGGAUGUUGAUUGCAUAUGGCAUUUUUUCCGUCCUGAUCUAAAUUGGGUAUCAUUUUCUUACUUUUGUUAUCUCGAUUUAUUUCGCCCAAGGGGCUUUAGAAGGCCCAUCACCUCCAGGCGGUGGUGGUGGAGGAGGCCGUGCGCUCGCCCAGGGAGCUUUAGUAGGAGCCAUUGGACCCGGUGGUAGACGCGAGGUAUUGUGCAGGGUUGCAGGUGCUCCUGACGACUCAGUUGAUCUUCCGGCGGCCCACGGUGCUGCCGUGGGGCCCAUAGAGGGAGGCGCACGAGUGCUGGAUCCCGCCGUAGCCCAUGGAGCUUUGGUACCGGCAUCCGCGCUAGGUCGAGCGGCGGAAGUUGAUGGUGGGCCAGCAUCUGGUACAACAGGGCGUCCCUGUGGGCCAGAUGUAGUAUGGACAGUUUGUGGAGGCAUCACAGCAUUCGGAUCACGAUCAAAGCUGAAGAGGGAUCCGAAGGGAAAAUGCUGCACGACAGGGAAUUUGGUCAGAACCUCUGCGUUGUACAUUUUAAUCAUUCC